CCUCGCGCCGCGCCCGCGCCCACCAUGCCGCCGCCGCCGCUGCUCCUGGCUGCGCUGACCCUGCUGGCCGCCGCUGCCGCGCGCCCGGGUUGCGAGCGCGCCUCCGACCCCGCGGGUGAAUGCCGCAGGCCGACGGUGGCAGACAGCGCCGCCUGCGUGGACCUGCAGCUCAGUUCCUGUGCGGACGCCGCCUAUAGCCAGACGGCCUUUCCCACCCUCCUGGAGCAGCGGUCGCGGGAGGCGGUGGAGUCCAGCUCCGAGUACAUCCUGCUGAGCGUCCUGCACCACCUCCUGGAGGGCCAGUGCAACCCGGACCUGCGGCUGCUGGGCUGCGCCGUGCUGGCCCCCCGCUGCGAGGGCGGCCGUGUGCGCAGACCCUGCCGGCACGUCUGCGAGGGCCUGCGGGAGGCCUGUCAGCCGGCCUUCGACGCCAUCGACAUGGCCUGGCCCUACUUCCUGGACUGCGCCCGCUACUUUGCCCCGGAGGAGGAAGGCUGCCACGACCCUCUGGAGACGCUUCGGGGGGACCUGGAGGCCGAGGAGGCCCUGCCCUCGGACCUGCCGCCCAACUUCAUUCGCUUCGCCCACCACUCCUAUGCCCAGAUGGUGCGGGUGCUGAAGCGGACAGCGACCCGCUGCGCCCAGGUGGCCAAGACGUACAGCAUCGGGCGCAGCUUCGACGGCAAGGACCUGCUGGUCAUCGAGUUCUCAGGCCGCCCUGGCCAGCAUGAGCUGAUGGAGCCCGAGGUGAAGCUGAUUGGCAACAUCCAUGGCAACGAGGUGACUGGGCGGGAGAUGCUCAUCUACUUGGCCCAGUACCUGUGCUCCGAGUACCUGCUGGGCAAUCCCCGCAUCCAGCGCCUGCUCAACACCACCCGCAUCCACCUGCUGCCCUCCAUGAACCCCGACGGCUACGAGGUGGCCGCGGCCGAGGGUGCUGGCUACAAUGGAUGGACAAGCGGGAGGCAGAAUGCACAGAAUCUGGACCUGAAUCGCAACUUCCCCGACCUGACGUCUGAGUACUACCGGCUGGCCUCGGUGCGCGGCGCGCGCAGUGACCACAUCCCCAUCCCGGAGCACUACUGGUGGGGUAAGGUGGCCCCUGAGACGAAGGCCAUCAUGAAGUGGAUGCGCACGGCGCCCUUCGUGCUCUCGGCCAGCCUGCACGGCGGGGACCUGGUGGUGUCCUACCCCUUCGACUUCUCCAAGCAUCCUCUGGAGGAGAAGAUGUUCUCGCCCACGCCCGACGAGAAGAUGUUCAAGCUGCUGGCCAGAGCCUAUGCCGAUGUCCACCCAAUGAUGAUGGACAGGUCGGAGGACAGGUGUGGGGGCAACUUCCUGAAGCGGGGCAGCAUCAUCAACGGCGCCGACUGGUACAGCUUCACGGGAGGCAUGUCCGACUUCAACUACCUGCACAGCAACUGCUUCGAGAUCACGGUGGAGCUGGGCUGCGUGAAGUUCCCCCCCGAGGAGGCCCUCUACGGACUCUGGCAGCACAACAAGGAGCCGCUGCUGAGCUUCCUGGAGAUGGUGCACCGGGGCAUCAAAGGUGUGGUGAUGGACAAAUUUGGCAAGCCAGUCAAGAACGCCCGCAUCUUGGUCAAAGGCAUCCGCCACGACAUCACCACAGCCCCAGACGGUGACUACUGGCGACUGCUGCCCCCGGGCUCCCACAUCGUCAUCGCCCAAGCCCCCGGCUACUCCAAAGUCAUGAAGAGGGUCACCAUCCCCCUCCGCAUGAAGAGGGCCGGCCGUGUGGACUUCAUUCUCCAGCCUCUGGGGACAGGACCCAAGAAGUUCCUCCGAGAGCUUCAGAGAACGGCGCCCGCCUCUCGGGACCCACUGGGCCGGGGUGGCCUGCAGGACGAGCCGCUGCCGCCGGAACUCGAGCCCCCCGGCGCCCGCAGGCAGCCCGCGGCCAGCGGCAGCAAGCCCUGGUGGUGGUCCUACUUCACCUCCCUGAGCCCGCACCGGCCGCGCUGGCUGCUCAAGUACUAGGGCACCCAUCGCACCUGCCCUCGGUGCCCAGACCAGCCCCUCGGUGCCCCAGGCCCCUGGCUCUUGAUUUUAUCUGGCACAGACGUGGCACAGCCGCUGCGGCUUCAU